AUGGUCACCGGAAAAAGGCUAGCCGGAGAGCUAAUGUUCGAGUUCCCGGACUGCAUGGUUUGCCAUGCAGACUCAUUCUAUAUUGGAAACCCUAUUCCAUCCUUAAACAUCGAUGAUAAGCUCAAAAAUGGCGACACAUACUUCGUUUUCCCUCUAGAUUACUUCUCAUCAAGCAACGUGCUCUCGGCCUCUUCUCUUGCUUCCCUGGGCUCGAACCCUAGACGAGUACCUGUUAGUUUCAAGAACCCUAUAUUUCAAUAUAUUAAGGCGGAAAAUGGUAGGCUUUUGAUAAAAGUGUCACCGGAGUUCAUAAUUAAGCUUCUUACAAGAGGAAACGAAGAUGUAUCACAAGAUAAUAUUGCAACUACAAGUCCUAGUGAUGGUAAGUAUUUAUGUAGCACACCUGAGUUGAAGAAACAUUAUGAACAAUUGGUUGGUCCAAAAGGACAAGUUUGGUCACCAAAGCUUGAGACUAUUUCUGAAUACAAAAUUAGGUAUUCUCCUUGUAGGUUUAUAGGUUUGGAAUGGAAGCAGAAAGAAGAAUGA